CAGAAUACGCAAGUAGCACAUACUUCUUUUUAGCGUCUUAGGAUAGAAUAGAUAGCCAUCAUGACUAACAGCUGGAUCUUCAAGUGUCAAGAUGACAACGGCAAGUGGACUGCCACGUGCACCACUGACGAUUCCCUUACCGUAGAAGGAUCUGACAGUAAGAACGGAAUUGAGCACAAUAUCUCCAAGGUUGUGGAGUCUGCUGCCGGCCCCGGACCCCUAAAGCUUGUACACCCAUACAUCACUGGUACCAAGACUCUGUGUGUGUUCUCUCGCCCUAUUGGAGGACCCGCUGGUUCCGCUGCCCCUGCUGCCGGUGGUGCUGCUGCUGCCCCUGCUGCUGCUGCCGCGGCUGCGCCCGAGCCUGAGGAGGAGUCCGAGGAGGAGGAUAUGGGAUUCGGUCUUUUCGAUUAAAUUCCUAGUCAGGUCAUUAUAAAUUCUAAUAAAGAUGUAUUCUAUGGACGUUACUAAGUACUGGACUUCGGACGUGGUUUACGGUUUGCUCAUGAUGAACAGUAUACCCAGAGUGAGUCAAAGGAUAUUUUUUGUGCACAGCCCCAAAGGGGCUGAAUACCUAAAUUUUAUAUAAAAGGCAGCCCAAAGGAUUCGAA